AUGGUCGGCCGAUGUGUGAGAAGACGCCGAAAACGCGUCGAUCGAAAGGAAUCACGAAUGUUGUCGCUAUCGAUCACACGGAUUAUCCGCCGUCCUUUUCCCAUUUGCAAAUUGACGAGUUUUGCUCUCUCUCGAACCAUCAUGACCUCGUCCGCUAACCAGCAAAAGAUCCUCGUGGCCGUGGUCGGUGUUGGACUCGUGGGAUCCGAGUUCAUUAAUCAGCUUCUCUCAAUCCCACCACAAGUGUCGCAGUUCAAACUUGUCUCCCUCACCUCUUCCUCAAAAACUCUUUUCGCUGGGAAAGAGAACCCCAUCGCGCUUAAUGCACCAUGGAAGGCGAGGCUUGCUGAGUCGGCAGCAACGGCGGACUUGAAGGACCUCACCACGAAAUUGACCCAGCUGGUGGCGGAGAAGGAACGCGUUGCGUUGGUCGACAACACCUCGUCGGAGGAUGUGGCUGCUCUGUAUCCUGUAUGGCUGAAGGCUGGAAUCAACGUCGUCACCCCGAACAAGAAGGCUUUCUCUGGAGAUGCAGCGCUGUUUGAGAGUGUCUUGGCCGCCAGCCGGGAGAGUGGAGCCAAGUUCUUGAACGAGGCCACCGUUGGCGCUGGGCUGCCUGUCAUCGCCCCGUUGAAGGAGCUGGUGGCUACAGGAGACAAAAUCAUCAGGAUAGAGGGUGUCUUUUCAGGAACCAUGAGCUACAUCUUCAACAACUUCUCCACCGGAAAGCCUGACGGACCCUCAUUCUCCUCCGUGGUCGCGGUUUCCCGAGAAAAAGGCUACACAGAACCCCACCCCGCCGAUGACCUCAACGGAUUCGACGUCGCUCGAAAACUCACCAUCCUCUCUCGGCUGAUCUCAUCCGCACCCUCCAGUAAUCCAUCAACUCUACCAAGCCUCCAAUCCUUCGCCUCAGUGCAAACCGCAUCCCUCAUCCCACUCCCUCUCGAAGGCAUCCCCACUGGUGACGAGUUCCUCAAGCGAUUGCCCGAGUUCGACGAGGAGUUUGCCAAACUUCGGGUAGAGGCGAGCAAGGAGAAUAAGGUUCUACGGUUCGUGGGUGUCGUUGAUGUUGCGAAUGGGCAAGUUAGGGCCGGACUUGAGAAGUAUCCUGUUGAUCACCCUUUCGCAACAUCUCUCGGUGGAUCGGACAACAUAAUUAUGUUCCAUACGGAGAGAUAUAGCCCACGCCCGCUCAUUGUUCAAGGCGCUGGUGCUGGCGCAGCUGUCACUGCUAUGGGGGUGCUGGGAGAUCUCCUGAAGCUCGUGUGA